AAAGAUUAUUACUAUAUAGUUUAUUACCAGUUGUGUAGUUGUGUGGGAGAAAUAAUAAGUAUCAAACUAGUAAUUAAGUACCACUAGCAAACUGUACUAUGUAAACUCUCUAUCAUACUAGGUGCUUUGAUUCAAAUUUAGUAGAGCCUCUACAAUGAUUGUUUUACAGUUGACUGUAUAUAGCAAGUGCUGUUGAUAAAUUUCCGGACUAGGUACGGUACUUAUACCCAUCUGGAAACCCCGCCCAGUCAUUCUAUACCGCUAUUUUUUACACUGGCUGAUUUCAUUUUAAUAAAGAUAUAUGUGUCUAACAAUUAUUUACGAGUUUAUUUAGCAUUAUACCUUAAAUAAGAAGCAAUAUGGUCUAUCUAUCGGAUACUUUAUCUCUAAGCAGAUGAUUACUAGCAAUAGCAAUACCAAUUGGUAAAGUGUUUGAGCGUAUGGGAUCAUCAAUCUUUGAUCCAGGAAUAAUCAAUGACUCAAAGAAAAGAAAUCAAAUAGCAGAAUUUUUGAACAAGUUUGUAAUAUACAAAGACCUGGGCCAGGCACCGGCAGUCUGCUAGUUCCUAAAAGCCGCAGGAUCCCCUUAACGGGAGUUCUGCUCGUUUGCUCACUAGUUAAAAUAAAUAAUAAUUCUUUCAACUCAUGUAUACUAAAAUAUGCAUGCAAUAUUCCAUCAUAGUUGUUCUUUCUUAGGUACACAAGGCUAAGUAUGUAUAAAUCCCUUCUGCAUCAUCAACUGUUCAAUAGGCAGUUUUUUUGGAAUAUUUUUGUCCCAGAUCACAGAGGUAUCCUUUUAACACUAUCUUUAAACGGAUAAUACGCGUCGAUUUCUGUCAUAUUCCUGCCUAUCUGAUCUGUAUCUGAUCCUUCACCUGAAGUUGCGCCAACCACUAUGAAUGCUUCAACCAAAGAUAAACAGAUUCUAUUCUGUUCCAUAUUUAUUUCUCUGACGUGGUUUUCCAUUCUCUUGGGGUAUCUAGUCAAAAUUCAUCAAGGAUGCCACUCGAUUUUGACUAUUGUCACCGCCGCCAUGUGUCUAGUCGGGCUUAUAUCUUCAUUCGCCACAAUAUGGUUGGACGUCUCCUCCAUGUACUAUAAAUUGCGGAAACAAAGACUUGGUAAGUUUUCUCCUCCAUCAUUCUAUGUGUGGGCUUCACAGCUAAGAAUAUUUGGCAUUAGGACGCCAACUCCGGUAUGGAGAGAGCCUGAAAGCAGGCCAGAAAGAUUCCAGCAAGUCUUCAAACGAAUGCCGAAAGCGUUGACGUCAGCCCACUAGAAGGAGUCAGGAACCUAUCAACCCCGAGUCCCGCCCCUGUUAUUAGUUGUCUAAUGGCCGGAUAUCUGGUUUAUCGGCGCUUUCCUGGUUAUCAAGAGUGAUGAAGCCUCCAAUAAUUUCUCCAUACGAUGUCGCCACUCUCUCGGCAACUCUGUUGUUGACUCGGCAUCCGAGUGCUCGUAUUUAUCGUCCGACCGCUUGGAGACGCUGGGGGGUUUAAUCUAAGCGCACUAGUUAGUAGCAGCAGAAAAGAAUGUCUCUUCAUCAUAAUAAGGCCUGAAUCGCCCUGUGUUCCUCUGCUGGCCAGACCGUAGGGUUGUACGUAAUAUCGCAGUUGUCAAGCUGAAGAUAUCACAGGAGUUAGUUAAACUAGUUACAAGGUCCAUCCUUGGAGGCGACAAGACAAAGCGAAGAAAAGCUAUCUGGGGACUUUUACCGAGCCGGCCGCAAGACGGGGAUCCCACCUUUGAAGAGGAGCAGAAGAGCGUCUCUCCUCUCUCGUCCUCCAAGCUACCUCGCAUCUUCUGGCGCACUGCUCCCAUAUCCUGCUCACUUCAUGGGACACCCAGCUAAUCAGCCUGCUUGACCGCUUCGGCCCUCCCCAGAAGAUGACGAAAGCACCGGCGGAGGAUGGAGCGAGGAUACGGAGGGCGUCUGAGGACGCAAAUGCGAACGCUGCCUUAGCGAAGAUGGGAUAUAAGAGCGAGCUUCCUCGCAAUCUGGGGAUGAUGAGCGUUCUCGGACUGUAGGUGCUCUCGUCCUCCCUCGCUGUCUCUUUCUAUGCGUUUGUUAUUUGAGUUCUCCCAGCUAACUUACCGCUUUGUUCGACGGAUACAGGUCUUUCGCUAUCAUGGCAGCACCCUUUGGGCUGAGCACGACACUAUAUAUUACUCUUACUGACGGGCAGUCGGUUACUAUAAUUUGGGGCUGGGUGAUCGUCACCCUAAUCUCGACCGCCAUUGCAGCCUCACUCUCUGAGAUCUGCUCUGUAUACCCAACUGCUGGGGGUGUGUACUAUUGGAGUGCGAUGCUGUCCACCCGCGAGUGGGCGCCCCUGAUGUCCUUCAUUGAUGGCUGGCUGACGCUCGUGGGGAAUUGGACAGUGACUUUGAGCAUCAACUUCUCCGGCGGCCAGUUGAUUCUGAGUGCGAUUUCACUCUGGAAGGAAGACUUUGUACCGAAUCAAUGGCAGACGAUCUUGAUGUUCUGGGCUGUUAUGCUUGUGUGCGCCCUGGUAAACAUAUUUGGAUCGCGGUAUCUCGAUCUUAUUAAUAAAAUAUGCAUUUUUUGGACUGCGUCCAGUGUGCUGAUAAUCAUGGUCACUUUGCUCUCCUUGGCUGAUCAUCGGAGGAGUGGAAAAUUCGUCUUUACGCACUAUGAUGCAACUGCUAGCGGAUGGUAACUAACUAUACAUGCACCUCCCUUUACUUCUUUUAGACAUUUAAUUGUGGCUCGUUAUGUCUAAUGUUCCGUUUGCUCAAAACUAGGCCGACGGGAUGGGCGUUUUUUGUCGGUUUGCUGCAACCAGCUUACACGUUGACGGGCUACGGGAUGGUUGCAGCCAUGUGCGAGGAAACACAGAAUCCACACCGAGAGGUCCCAAAAGCAAUUGUCCUAUCCGUCGUUGCAGCUGGUAUAACUGGCCUGGUGUACCUCAUUACCCUGCUCUUCGUUCUCCCGGAAGUUAAAAUGCUCCUAUCGGUUGCCAAUGGCCAACCCAUCGGCCUUCUAUUCAAGACAGUUACUGGCUCCGCAGCAGGCGGUUUUGGCAUGCUCUUUUUAAUCAUGGGAAUCCAGAUAUUUGCUGGAAUUGGCGCACUUACGGCAGCAAGCCGUUGCACAUAUGCCUUUGCCCGUGAUGGUGCCAUCCCAGGGUCUCGGGUCUGGAAGCAGGUAAGUAGCCGUUUUGGUGUUCCGUUAUGGGGUAUCAUUCUCUCAACUCUAGUGGACUGUCUCCUUGGGUUGAUCUACUUUGGCUCUGCAGCAGCCUUCAAUUCCUUUACCGGUGUGGCUACGAUAUGCUUAUCAACUUCGUAUGGCUUACCAAUUUUGAUAUCCCUGGUUCGCCGUCGAAAAAUGUUUGAGAAUGCCCCUUUUUCACUGGGGAAAUUUGGAUUCUUGAUCAACAUGACCACAAUAUGUUGGAUAUGUUUCUCUACUUUCCUUUUCUGCCUCCCGGUGUCCUUACCCGUGACGCCAUCUAGUAUGAACUAUGCGAGCGUUGUAUUCGCCGGGUUUGCCUCUAUUAGUGUGGUAUGGUACUUUGUUAGGGCACGUAAGGCAUUUACAGGGCCCCCGAUGUCUAUGGAUGACGCUAGGAAAGACGAAGCGGGUGUUUUUUCUGGUAAAAUGGCCCCUCAUAUGGAGGACGGGGCUGCUCCCCUGGACCUCUCCAAACCAGCAGAAGUGCAUGUGGAACAUCAAGCCAAGUUCAACCGGUAAUGUUAAUAAUGAGAAUAUUUUUCGAUUUAUCUUUCCAAAAAAUUAUCAUUGGUUAAUGAUAUAGUGUCCCUCCAGUGGUCAUUUGAUGCCUUCUCCAUACCUUAUCCCAUGUCUGCCUGGUUAUAAGCCGUGGUUACGCCUGGCUAAAACACCGAGGACAUGAGCUAUGGCAAAUUGACUCAAUAAUGAAAGUAUCUGUAAGGAUUAAAGGAGCCCGCAAAUUACAUAGGAAAUGACAUUAGGCAAUCCUGUCAAUGCCUUGAAAAGGAAAUUGGACUAAACAUUCUCGUAUUAUUAGAUAGUCAGUUAUCACGUCUUUGAUGCAAAAGGAGACACUCCACUCGACGCUUGCCUUUAUGCAUGCAUGGGCUAUGGAUCCAUAGCAUGUAGCCACUUACUUAGUGAUGUCUAGUAAUGGAGCGAACGAGUCGCGAAAUUCCUGUGUAAACCAUGAAGGCUGCGCGAAUCCCAUAACUAGAUUUGGAGGCUAGAUCGCCAACUGUGAAUUCGUGGAUCUUCAUCUUCACCACCCUGGCAUCACACAAGGCAGGGGGCCUUUCAGGGGAAGUUGGCAGUUGGUGCAUUGGAUCAGCCAGCCAGCGAUGUCCGAAGAUAUAGCGCAUCAACUACUCCUCCGUCUAAGCGUGUCUCUUGCUCGCCUUUAAUUAGCGCACAAAAAGGGGCGAAUGGACUCCACAUGGCCUGGUUUAUUAAUGAUGCGCAUUAUUAUUAUUAGGUAGUAUUAUUAUCAUCCGCUACGCCAUUGUCUUCUGUCAUUCAACGCCAGAAGUCAGCCGAGGGC